UCGAUAUUUAGAAAAACGGAUUUAGGAACUAGUGGAACGUACGACACCCACAGCUAACAUAAACAGAGAUCAUGUUUUUGUCCAGCAUGUAGCUCAUGAUACGCUUGAGUCAACGUAACAUGGCGCACCUUCUGAUAAUCAAGCGUAUCUCUCAACUUGGAUGGCUUUUGCUGGCCAUAGUAUGCGUUUUACCCGCGUUCAGUAACGGGGAAGAAUCGGAGUACUGCCUUGCAGAGACGCCCUGCUGGCCGUCAGAUGGACGGGUCGGAGAAUUUAUGUACUCGCUAUCUGGGGGAUAUACGGAUGUACAUUAUAUUGAUCUAGCUAGUUAUUACCUAGUGAAGUACGUAAAGAAUUGGGAUUAUUGGACGUGGCCCUCCCUUGUUGUGAUCUGCAGGACUCCAGAGGAUGUCCAAAAGAGCGUUAGGUUUGCCAAGAAGUAUGGUAUCAAGAUGUCAAUGCUUUCCUCUGGCCAUGACUACAUCGGGAGAAGCACCGGCUACAUGACAGUUAUGAUCCGCAUGAACGAUAUGAACGACAUGACCGUCUUCACUGAGGAUGCUAACUCAGACACCGGUUCGUCCAUGAUUGCAGAGACGGGGGCCAACUGGGAAAAUGUUUAUGAAGAGGUUGAUAAACAUGAUCUUAUUGCAGUGGGUGGGGCGGCUCACACUGUCGCCAUGGGAGGCUGGUUUCUAGGUGGGGGGCAUUCUGCUGUAAGCAGGAAGUUAGGCUUGGGUGUCGACCAGAUUAUGUCGUACAGAAUGGUUCUUGCCGAUGGACAGUUCGCUAAUAUUUCCGCCGAAGGUGUGACAUAUGAGAAUGGAACCGUUUCUACCGACACGGAUCUGUUUUGGGCUUUACGAGGGGGUGGCGGUGGUUCGUUCGGUGUUGUAACGAGUUUCCACUUCCGACUUCACCCGAAGCCGCUUAAUGGUUUGAUCGGUUAUACGGCUGAUUAUCCGUAUUUCCUGGAGAAUGGAACUGAUGUCGGCUCACUGGUCUUGGAUAACUGGGGCAGAUUCCUCAAAAACAACAUGACUGAAAACUGGGGCGGUUACGUGAUGAUACAAAAAUAUAAUUCGAUUUCCGAAAAUAAAACCACCAAAGGACAAGUGGUGUUCUAUUUGAUUCACUAUGGAGGAGAUUUUGCUGAAGCAGUGAAUACGUUAAAACCUCUGGUUGAUUUCAUGCCCGAUGCUAGACUCAAAGAGGUAGAAUGGAAGAAUUACACUAGUUUUUGGGACUACAACAAAUUGAAUGCAGAUGAUUUGGCGAGUGCUACUUAUAUCGUUAACCGUUUGAUACAACCUGCUGAUCUUGAAGGGUCAGAAGGGAACCUGUCGCCAAUGGCGCAAUUCUUCAAAGGCGAAUUUGAUGCGUAUCCCGACUUACCAGAUGAUCGUUUCAUCCAUUGUACCGCCACACACAUUGGGAAGAAGACAUCUUUACCAGCUGCAGAUGCUACGGCCGUUAAUCCCGCCUUCCGGACAGCUCUCUUAUCUUUGUCAUGUGGCAAUGGCGGAUGGGUAAACAUCACUGGACAUAUCGAUACCCCAAUGAAAGUCCAUUUGAAAGGCGUAAUGAGAGACUUCGCCAAAGAACUGUAUACGAUUGGAGAGGGUGUUUAUCUAAACGAACCAGAUUCUGAGCUUACUGAUUGGAAAACGGACUACUGGGGGAACAACUACGGACGCCUGUUGGAGGCCAAACGGAAGUAUGACCCCGAAAGGUAUUUUACUUGCUUACACUGUGUGGGAUCUGACUUGCCCUACACUGGCACCGAUGGAACCGAUGACUCGACAAGCCUCUCUUCAACUCCAUGUGUAUGGGUCCUGUUAGCAUAUACAGCUUGCUAUUUUUGUAGAAAGUAAUCGUGUUAGAUCGAGAGCUUUUUAAUUUGUAUUUUUGCCGCAUGGUGCACUGAUGUUAUUUAUAUAACUCAAGACUUGUUUGUAUAUAACUGGAGAAGUGGUAUUAUGAAAUACCUCAUAUCGAGAAGCCAUUCAAGAAAGAUGUUGUGUCAGAAUCAUAUACGAAGCAAGAUGAUAAAAUAUAUAGAUUAGCAAUAAUACCGCGUCUCAACGUAUUACCUGGUGUCUGUGCAACAAGAUUGCAUGUUUUCCAUUUAAAUUAGAUAGCCUACCUACUACGAUCUUUGUAUUUUGUUUUCACCAUGAUUUAACUCAUUUCUCGACCUCCAUCGAUCGUACGUAUGUAGUUUGCGCAUGAUUUUUUAAUUCAAAGAUGUAAUUAUAGUAUUUACCCAGUAUCAUCACGAAUCGCUAUAGUGCAUACUGCAACUUUUUUGUGAAUUCCUCGCUUCAGAGCGAUGUUUCUGUAACAAAAGCGAUGAACUAAAACAGUGAAUUCAUCGCUUCGUGAUGGUGUUAGAUGAAUAGUAAUAACAUUUUUUGAACUAGAGAUUAUGCGCUAACUGCACGCAUGUACGAUUAUUUAUGGUGGAGGAAAUCUUUCAAGAAAUGGGUUUGAUUGGAGAAAACAUAGUGUAUUUCGAAAAUUUAAAAAAUAGGAACAGGAAGACACACACAACCAAGUUCCAAACCUGUAAAUUAAAGGUUAUGUUAAUAUAUAUAUAUGUAAAUAUG